AUGGCCCUCCGCUCUCCCCACAUGCUGCCUGUCAUCACCGGCAACCGGGACGGCUUCAACGUCCGCAUCCCGUUGCCGGGGACCAUGUUUGACGCGUCUGCUCGCACCUAUGGUAACAGAACAGCAUACUGCUGCUGCGUCCGCCUGUCAUCAUAUCACUCGACUACAUCAACGAAUUGAUGAGUGGAGAUGCAGUGAGAGGGGAGAGUGUUAUGGAGAAGUGAGAGGGUGAAGGAAUGUUGACAUGCGCCUGUAUACCGGAAGGAGGUCAACGUCUGCGGGCAUGUGAGGUGCGGGAGAUCGAAGGAUGUGUGCGGUCACGUGAAGGGGAAAGAGAAGCAGAGUGGAGAGAGGAUGUGAGAGGGGUGAAGUGAUGGAGAAGUGAGAGGGGUGAAGGAUGAUGAGAAGUGAGAGGGGUGAAGGAUGAUGGAGAAGUGAGAGGGGUGAAGGAUGAUGAGAUAGAGGUGAAGGAGUGAUGUGGAGAGGGGUGAAGGAGUGAUGGAGAAGUGAGAGGGGUGAAGGAGUGAUAGAGAAGUGAGAGGGGUGAAGGAGUGAUGGAGAAGUGAGAGGGGUGAAGGAGUGAUGGAGAAGUGAGAGGGGUGAAGGAGUGAUGGAGAAGUGAGAGGGGUGAAGGAGUGAUGAGAAGUGAGAGGGGUGAGGGGUAGAGUGAGGGUGGUAGUGAUGAGAUGAGAGGGGUUGAAGGAGUGAUGACAAGUGAGAGGGGUGAAGGAGUGAUGAGAAGUGGAGGGUGCGGUGUGAUUGAGUGUAGCGUGCAUGUGAGCUUGGGUGCUCUGUGCGGGGUGAAGGUGUGUGAGCUGUGCAUUGUGCGUGCUUGUCGCCUGGGUGCCGAGUUGUCGCCGUUCGAGUUUGCUUCGGCUCGUGCGGCUCUUUUGACGUAGGCUCUGGCUCCUGUUGUGCCUGACUGAACCGUUCGAGUCGGGUGUAGCCCUGAGCUGGUCUGGUGCCUGCCUAGCCGAGUCUUUGGUUCCGUUUUCUUCCUUCGUUAGCCUCUAGUUCUAGUCUGCACUGUAUCCUAUAUGAAAGUAGAGAGAGGGUGACAGGAUGUAAGUCACCAUAGAAUUCCUGUCCCUUAUUGUCUGACCAUGGAUUAAUGUCUCCUGUUUGUCACAGGUUUGGAGACACGUCUCUGCAGGAGGUCAUUAACCUAGAGAGUCUGGCCAGACUCAACUCCUACUAUGAACAGUUUAAGGAGGUCCUACCUGAGGACUGUAAGUCACCAUAAAGUAAAUGUCCCUAUAUGGUCCUACCUGAGGACUGUAAGUCACCAUAAAGUAAAUGUCCCUAUAUGGUCCUACCUGAGGACUGUAAGUCACCAUAAAGUAAAUGUCCCUAUAUGGUCCUACCUGAGGACUCUAAGUCACCAUAAAGUAAAUGUCCCUAUAUGGUCCUACCUGAGGACUGUAAGUCACCAUAAAGUAAAUGUCCCUAUAUGGUCCUACCUGAGGACUGUAAGUCACCAUAAAGUAAAUGUCCCUAUAUGGUCCUACCUGAGGACUGUAAGUCACCAUAAAGUAAAUGUCCCUAUAUGGUCCUACCUGAGGACUGUAAGUCACCAUCAAGUAAAUGUCCCUAUAUGGAGGAUAUUGUUAAGAUGUAGCCUAUAACAUCUCCCCCUCCUGGUCUCAGGCCUGCCCAGGUCCCGUUCCCAGACGUGUCUACCAGAGCUGCUGAGGUUCCUGGGACAGAACGUCCACGCCAGGAAGAACAAGAACGUAGACAUCCUGUGGCAGGCAGCAGAGGUAGGCAAUUUUUUCGAUGCAGGGCCAUGAAUGAAUUAUUGAAGAUGAUCCUUUUGGGUCUAGUCCAUUUCAUUCUGUAUGGAUGUUACUAAUGGGGAUCCAGACCAGGCCUAACCACAUUUGAAGAAGAAUUUUGUAGUGGCAGCAUGCUGUCUAUUAUUUCCUGGUAUCUCUCCUCCCCAGAUCUGUCGUCGUCUGAACGGCGUGCGUUUCACCAGCUGUAAGAGUGCUAAGGACCGCACAGCCAUGUCCGUCACCCUGGAGCAGUGUCUGAUCCUACAGCACGAACACGGCAUGGCCCCACAGGUCUUCUCCCAGGCCCUCGACUGCAUGCGCAGGUAGGUGUCCAUCCCACUGCCUGAACUAAAAAUGAAACACGCACACACACACUGCUCGCUCCAUAUGCUGGGACAGUGCCAACUACAGGGUCUCCUGUCCCCCGUAAAAAAAUUAUAAAGAAUAAAAGUUAUAUUUGAAUUCUCUGUAAUUAGCACUGGUUCCUCAUGCAUCAUCUUUUUUCCUGUUCUCCAGCAGUAACACCUGCUUGUCAGUCUGUCCAGCCAGUUUGCGGAGAAUGCUCCCCCAUGAUGACUGAGCUCGCUUUCCAUACCCCCACAUCAUCCCCCUCUCCUCCAACCCCAUCCCCCUGUUCUCUGACACUGCUUGCUGAGAGGACAAAAGGGUUAGAUGAAGUGAAGGAGGGUAGAAGGAACAGAAACCUUGUGUAAGGAUGGGAUGACUCCCAGAACAGAACAGAAGCUCCUUGUUGUCAUAAACAGGACCCUGUAAAGUACAGUAGGUUAUGUGAAAGAUCUGUUGGGUAGUAAUGCAAUGCUGUCCUGCAGCUUCCUGCAUGGUCUCUCGCUCCUCUCUUCACCUGCCACCUUCCCACUUUUUAAGUGCAAGGCAUGCUGGGAAGAGGCACGCUUGUGCUGCAUGACUUGAGGCUGGCAGACCUCCCCCUUCUCCUCCUCAUCCCGCUAUUCAGGAAGUGAAUCCAAAUUCAAUGAAUUGACUGAAAUGAAAUGGAUUUGAGCACAAAAUCCAGCCCCCCACCCCUCAUCAACCCCCCCAUAUCUGUGGUAUGAACAUGGACAAUCAUCACUGUCUUCUCUUCUUACCUCUAGAUCUUUUCUUUCCUAAAGAUGCAGAACAUUUCUCUUAAUUUUCCUCUCCUCUCUCUCUUUGUCUUCCUCUGUUAUGACAAUGUAUUUGUCUCUGAUUUCUCAUGUUUUGGUUGGAAUUAUUUCAUUUUUCCGUUUUUCAUUUUGGGUGUUUCUUAUCCUCGUUUGGGAUUCGUUUCUGGCUGAAUGGGUCUUAUUUUCACAUUCCAUUCCACUGGCUGUGGCCCUAACCCUAAUAUUAUCACACCCCACCUGCACCAUCACUGGUAUCUCUCUUUGUUAUCCAUGGCUGAUCAUGGCCACCACAUAUCAUUCAUAUCGUGUAUUACCUUCUCCUCCACUCUUAUUGGCCACUUCAUCCCUGUCCCAAUGCACGCGUCCAUCCAUCCAUCCAUCCAUCCAUCUAUGCCACCUGUACUUUUUGGCCCUGGCUUCUCCUCCCUCCCUCCCCCUCUUCGCAGCAUUGGGACCAGGGAGGGGGUCACCCAGAAGAACCUGAGUGGCCUGUUGCCUGUGCGUGACUUCAGGCUGGACCCCAGCCUCCUGUACUCCCUGCCCCUGCUGGCCCUCAGCCCCAACCUGCUGGUCGUCUGGCUGUUCCUCAGCGUCGCCUACUUCCUGGCCAAGCUCCGCUGCAGCUGAACGCACAGCCCCUCUACCCAACUCUGCCCCACAGACCCACCUAUUCUCAAACUCCACUCCCCUCUUCUCUCUGCCCGUUCCCCCCAGUGUGUCCAACAGUCAGGAAGAAAGGCAAAACGUUAUUCUGUCAGUCAAGGAGGAAGACAGGGAGUCAGUCAGUCUCUCUCUCUGUCAGUCUGUCUGGAGCUCAGCCGGGAGAACCCUCUGAUAGGUCGAGGGCAGACCAUGUGUACAUGACUGGACUGUAUGUGUGUCACUCGGCUAAACUGACAGCUGUUCCACCCAAUGGGCAGCCACGUCUCCAGCACUCCUCCCGCCUUGCUCUCUGUCCUAACCAAUCCAGUCAGAGCAGGAGGCUGGUCUAAAGGUCUAUGUGCAGUACUGUAUGAGACUGUUACUGUCAGUGUUCUGACAUAUUUCUCAUUUUAACACCCAUUGUUUUACAACAAUCAAAUACAAACUGAGAGUAUGGAGAGAAACUUUGUGAAAUAUAGCCGCUAAGAAGUUUUAACUGAAUUUAAGUUUUGUCACAGUUGUCCUUGAGUAUUUAUAAUGCUGCUUCCCAACUCAUGACAUGAUUAUAACCAUGCUAAUAUGAUAAUAUGACAUCAUGGAUCCUUUGGUUUUGCACAGAGCUUAUUUUCAGUCAUACAAAUGUUCUGGCUUGCUUGAUGUUUAUGUCUUCCAUAAGGUUUGCAUACAGCAUAAGCCAAGGGAAGGCUUGGCUGUGCAAUAUCAAGCUGCUAAUGUUUUGAUAUGGCAGCCAUUUUGUUGUUCUUCCUCAGGUCUUCCUACUCUUACAGCAGGAGAGACUCGUGUCGCUUUCACUUAAACCAAUGCACUUUUUAUCAACGUUGUCGUCGUCUUAAUGAAGAUUAUUAUCUUGUCUUGCCAAUUGACACUGUUUAAUCUUGCGUCGGAGCAAUUUGAAUUGGCUAAAUCUGGGAAUGUAUGAUAUUUCAGGGGAGCUUUGUUGGCUUGUUUGAUUAUGCAGUGUAGAUAUAUAUCACUUGCUGGAUAGCAUUUAUUAUUGGACAGUAUUUUGAGGAUUUUUCGCAAGUGUUUAUUUUUCAGUUUAUCAGAUUUCGUGUCGGUACAUAGUUCCCUAUUUACUACAGAGUUUGUAUAUAUGAAUUAGUUAUUUGUUUGAGAACCUAUAAGGGUUGCAGUUAUAGGGAAAUGACAGAGAAGAUGAAGAGAUUGUACAUGGGCAAACCUCAAAUGGCACCCUACGACCAAAUGAUGCACUACCUCUGACCAGUAGUGCACUAAAUAUAGGGGAUAGGGGAUGAUUUGAGACACAGCCCAUGCUUGUUGUGCCAAAUGCUUUAGCCAGGUCUCAGAUAGUAGAUACAGGUCUUGGAUCUUUAUCCAGGUCAAAGUGGGACUUCCAGAGCUCCCAGCAGCCCAAAUCCAACCCGCUUCCACAGAGAAGUGCCCUAGAAAGGGAGAUUUGAUUGCAAACACUUUGGGUUACUUCCAAGCCUUGCACUUUGGGCUUCCUGGUCUCUGCCGAGAGUCCAUCCACCAUUAUCAUAUACAGUCGCUGCUAUCUACUCCCAUAAAAAUAUGAUUAGCCAUCUAAUUGUAUAUGCACUCAUUAAUACAGUGGGGAGAACAAGUAUUUGAUACACUGCCGAUUUUGCAGGUUUUCCUACUUACAAAGCAUGUAGAGGUCUGUAAUUUUUAUCAUAGGUACACUUCAACUGUGAGAGACGGAAUCUAAAACAAAAAUCCAGAAAAUCACAUUGUAUGAUUUUUAAGUAAUGAAUUUGCAUUUUAUUGCAAGACAUAAGUAUUUGAUACAUCAGAAAAGCAGAACUUUAAUAUUUGGUACAGAAACCUUUGUUUGCAAUUACAGAGAUCAUACGUUUCCUUUAGGUCUUGACCAGGUUUGCACACACUGUAGCAGGGAUUUUGGCCCACUCCUCUAUACAGACCUUCUCCAGAUCCUUCAGGUUUCGGGGCUGUCACUGGGCAAUACGGACUUUCAGCUCCCUCCAAAGAUUUUCUAUUGGGUUCAGGUCUGGAGACUGGCUAGGCCACUCCAGGACCUUGAGAUGCUUCUUACGGAGCCACUCCUUAGUUGCCCUGGCUGUGUGUUUCGGGUCGUUGUCAUGCUGGAAGACCCAGCCACGACCCAUCUUCAAUGCUCUUACUGAGGGAAGGAGGUUGUUGGCCAAGAUCUCGCGAUACAUGGCCCCAUCCAUCCUCCCCUCAAUACGGUGCAGUCGUCCUGUCCCCUUUGCAGAAAAGCAUCCCCAAAGAAUGAUGUUUCCACCUCCAUGCUUCACGGUUAGGAUGGUGUUCUUGGGGUUGUACUCAUCCUUCUUCUUCCUCCAAACACGGCGAGUGGAGUUUAGACCAAAAAGCUCUAUUUUUGUCUCAUCAGACCGCAUGACCUUCUCCCAUUCCUCCUCUGGAUCAUCCAGAUGGUCAUUGGCAAACUUCAGACGGGCCUGGACAUGCGCUGGCUUGAGCAGGGGGACCUUGCGUGCGCUGCAGGAUUUUAAUCCAUGACGGCGUAGUGUGUUACUAAUGGUUUUCUUUGAGACUGUGGUCCCAGCUCUCUUCAGGUCAUUGACCAGGUCCUGCCGUGUAGUUCUGGGCUGAUCCCUCACCUUCCUCAUGAUCAUUGAUGCCCCACGAGGUGAUAUCUUGCAUGGAGCCCCAGACCGAGGGUGAUUGACCAUCAUCUUGAACUUCUUCCAUUUUCUAAUAAUUGCGCCAACAGUUGUUGCCUUCUCACCAAGCUGCUUGCCUAUUGUCCUGUAGCCCAUCCCAGCCUUGUGCAGGUCUACAAUUUUAUCCCUGAUGUCCUUACACAGCUCUCUGGUCUUGGCCAUUGUGGAGAGGUUGGAGUCUGUUUGAUUGAGUGUGUGGACAGGUGUCUUUUAUACAGGUAACGAGUUCAAACAGGUGCAGUUAAUACAGGUAAUGAGUGGAGAACAGGAGGGCUUCUUAAAGAAAAACUAACAGGUCUGUGAGAGCCGGAAUUCUUACUGGUUGGUAGGUGAUCAAAUACUUAUGUCAUGCAAUAAAAUGCAAAUUAAUUACUUAAAAAUCAUACAAUGUGAUUUUCUGGAUUUUUGUUUUAGAUUCCGUCUCUCACAGUUGAAGUGUACCUAUGAUUAAAAAGUACAGACCUCUACAUGCUUUGUAAGUAGGAAAACCUGCAAAAUCGGCAGUGUAUCAAAUACUUGUUCUCCCCACUGUAUGUAGACUAGUGGUGUUAUCAUUUUCCAGCCCCGUAGUCUCUCUCUCCAUUUUAAUCAGUAUAAUACCUGUCUUCAGUGCUGUGUUACAUCCCAAGACGGCCACACUCAAUCCAAUCUAAAGUGACCUACUAAAGAAAUGGACCAUCCGUCCCAAAAUAGCCUCCUCUGGGAGAUUGUCACGCUUGUCUUACUUCCCCUCCACCCCCCAUUUCCAACAUCUAGACCCCCACAAUGUAAAACUGGAGGCAUUCUCUAGUCUCUGUUGGUUCUGUUGGUUGAGCUAUAUGCAAGCUGGUUAGGCCUCUCACUGGUAUGAGCGCUAGGCUGGGUUUGAUAGCUAGGUUAGUUCAAUGGUUUGGUUUUGAAAUUCAAAUAUUCUUUUUUUUUUAAACUGAUUUUGUGCAAUGUUACUGUUUACAUUAUCGACAAAUACUUAAGUAUAUGCAGUAUUUCUUUGUCAGUAUUCUACAUGAUUUACAUUUUGAAUCUUGUAUAUCCAUAUUGUAAAUAAUAGAAAUGUAUAAAAUCAGAUCAUCUAUUGAUAAGUAUGCUGUUGUAGAACUACCUCUAUUGUCCCAUGAAAACACCAUCUAAGUGACAGCCAGGGGAGAGAGCUGAGAGGGACCAGAGGAGAGCUGAGAGGGACCAGAGGAAAAUGUGUUCCAUGAGAGCAGCACCCAGGUUCUAUCCCAAAUGGCACCCUAUUCCCUACAUAGUGUACAACUUUUGACCAGAGCCCUAUAGACCCUGGUCAAAAGUAGUGCACUAUAUAGGGAAUAGGGCGCCAUUUAGGAUGUAACCCCAGUAUGUACAAUAUUAGGAUGGUGUUUGCCUCAGCCAAAUGUGAAAUAGCGCCUCCUGCUGGUUGGUAAUGACACUACAGACACUUGUCCCCCAGUAGCUCCAGUAGGUCCUAUGAAAAGAGUUGGAUUGCUCCAUUCUGGGGAUACAUGCAAUUAGGAGACCAUUCUGAAGUUGAAGAGAUUUGCAGAAUGUGCUGGUGGCAGUUUGUUCUGUUGGUGUAUUUAAUUCCGAUGAAGAAACACACUGUGUUAAACAUGUAACCAUAGUGACGCUAAAUCCAGGAAUAUUCCAACUAAAACCAUGUUCCUGACUCAAGUUUUAUUUUUCUGUUUCUCUUGAAUUCCUUAGAGCUUUUGACUAUAGAGAAUAUAUUUAUAUUGUGUUGCAUUAUAUUUGAAUGCUUGUAUGUCUAAAUGCUUACAUGUUUGCUAAAUAUAUGUAUUCUUAUAGAGAGUUUAUGAUGUGAUUAUGAUUAUUACAUCAUCGUCAUGCAGGUGUCACUUUAUAAUGAGAGGGAAAAAUUCUAGUUGCUGUUCCAGAUAUCUUUGUAUUAACCCUUGGUCUGGUACUUUGCCCAGUUCCAACCCAAUAUCAGGAUUGCUUAGAUGACCAUUUAUGAAUAUGCUCUGAAAUAGUAUACGUUUCUCCCUCUCUCUCUCUAAUGCUUCUCUCUGGACAGUGCAAUAACAGUCAGUUAGUCAGCAGCCCAAAGAAUCAGCUUUAAUGUUGUCAUGUAAUAAAUGUCAUGCCAAAUGUAUCACAGAGGCGAAGGUGUAUACUUCACUAUAGAGUAUUUGAAUAGUGCAGUUCUCUGUUUGCCCGGGAAUGAAACUGUUGCAUUGAAAUUAGAAUGUAUAACUUUUUUAGUCUGUGUGUUUGCUAUUGCUCUUGUUUCGCUUUAUCUGUGAUGCUCGUAACUCUAUCUAGGAAGCACGUCUUCUGUACACAGUAUUAGUGGUCUGUACCCCUCCCUCCAACCCCAUCCCGAUAUUCCCCAUUUCCCCCGACCAUCCGUCCAACCGUUGGCUUUAGCUGUUGCCCCUAUGUUUCUUUGACAGUGGCGUCAGUGUGUUGGUUGGGUUUUUGGGUUUCUCAUUGUCUUUUAACACAAGCCCUUUUUUUGUUUUGUUUUCUUCACUUUGCUGUCAUCCUCUCUAUCUGUGCUUGCCCUCCCUCCCUCCCUCCAUCCCUCCCUCCCUCCUCCUUUUUCCCAGUGAGGGCUGCAGACGGGAGAAUACCAUGAAGAACGUGGGAUGUCGCAAGUAUGCUUUUAACAGUCUGCAGCUCAAGGCCUUCCCCAAACAUUACAGGCCACCCGACGGAACGUUUGGGAAGGUCGAGACUUGA